AUGUUUAAGGAGGUUGAUGCUUUGGAACUCCUUCAAACUUGGGAUGUGUGUGAUUUGCCUCCUAGCAAAGUCGCGAUCGGCUGUCAAUGGGUCUUCAAAACCAAGUACAAUGUCGACGGUAUGUUAGAACGUCACAAGGCUCGCCUUGUUGCUCUUGGCAAUAAUCAGGUUGAGGGGGAGGAUUACAGGGAAAAUUUUGUACUUGUUGUUUGUAUCACGACAGUUCAUACCCUUCUUUGCCUUGUGGCUGCUAAUCAAUGGGAGGUUUAUCAGAUGGAUGUUCAUAAUGCUUUUCUCCAUGGCGAUCUUGAAGAGGAGGUUUAUAUGAAGCUUCCUCCUGACUUUCGGCACUCUCACCCUGAAAAAAUUUGCUGCCUUCGCAAGUCUCUAUAUGGUUUAAAACACUUCCCGUGUUGCUGGUUUAAGAAGUUGUCUGAUUCUCUCCUCAAGUUUGGUUUUGUUCAGUCCUAUGAUGAUUACUCAUUCUUUUCUUAUACACACAAGAAUAUUGAAUUGAGAGUGUUGAUCUAUGUUGAUGACCUUAUCAUUUGUGGAUAUGAUGGGUACAUGCUUACAAAGUUCAAGGAGUAUCUUGGUCGCUGUUUUGCUAUGAAAGAUUUGGGUAAACUGAAAUAUUUUCUUGGUAUCGAAGUAAGUCGGGGGCCUGACAGUAUCUUCUUGACACAACGCAAAUAUGCUCUCGACAUCAUUGAUGGUACUGGUAAUCUAGGUUCUCGUCCGGCUUAUACCCCACAAGAACAAAAUCAUCAUCUCGCUUCCGAUGAUGGUCAUUUGCUUUUGGAUCCUAAGCCUUAUCGUCGUCUGGAUGGUCGUUUGUGUUAUCUCCUUCACACUCGGCCUGAGCUGUGUUAUUCAGUUCACGUUUUGUCACAGUUCAUGAAGUAUCCGAGGGAGGUUCAUUUAGAGGCUGCAUUGCGGGUUGUUCGGUUUCUUAAGGGCUCCCCUAGUCAGGGUAUUAUGCUUAAGGCUGACACCGAUUUGUCGCUCGAUGUUUAUUGUAAUUUGGAUUGGAGUUCCUGCCCAAACACUCGUCGUUCGUUAAGUGCUUAUGUUGUGUUACUUGGUGGCUCACCCAUUUCUUGGAAAGCAAAGGAUACGGUUUCACAUUCUUUCGCCGAGGCCGAAUACCGAGCUAUGUCGUUUGCGCUUAAGGAGAUUAAUUGGCUGCAUAAGUUGUUAAAGGGUUUUGGUAUCAACCGCGCUGCGCCUACACGUUUGUUCUGUGAUAGCAAAGCAACCAUUCAUAUCGCCUCUAAUCUGGUCUUUCAUGAGCGUACUAAACAUCACAAUGAAUGA